AUGCUUGUUCUUUGUAAAGCAAUUAACAAAAGAAGAAUUUUUUAGUUCUUUUUGAUGAUAGAUGCCUUGGUAAUUCAUAUGUAGACAUAUAUUACAAAUGAGUAUAGAUUUUUGACUAUUGGCUUGUCUUUAGCAUGCUUUCAUUUAAUAAUAUAUUGUUUAGAAAACAUGUGUUAAAAGAAAUCUAACAUAAUUUUGAUGAUUUUGUGUUUGAUUAAAGGGAUUGUCAUUCUAGGAGUGACCUAUAUACUCACUCCCCAAUGGUAAAUUUAUACAGGGAUAUAGAUUGUGUUAAUAAUUCAACUGAACGAAUAGUAUAUAAAAUUAACAUCUUUAAUUUUGUUUUUAGCAUGUAUUCCAUGCAUUAGCUUUGGAAAUACUACAGAAAUUACUGUUGGGAUUUUAAGAACAGUUGUGAAUUUCUUUUUAAUAGUUCAAAUUUAUGAUAAGAAAGUAAAUCAGACAUUUAAUACUUUGAAGAAUCUAUUGUAAUAUAUAUCAUCUGAAGAAUUUUGUAUCUUGGAUAUGAAAUAUAAUCCAGUUUAUGAGUCUAAAUUUUUUUAUUCAAUUAUAAAAGAAUAAGUUAUGAGCAUGUCUGAAUAAAAUUAAAGUAGAAUGAUUACACCUAGAGAAUAAACAACGAAUUAUAUUAAGUAAUCUAAUUAUUUAGAAAACAUUAUAACAAAACCUGCAUUAUUGAUUAGCGAUAUUAUCGAUUAAUUAAAAAAGAAAAUUCUUAAAUUAGACUAAAAAUUAAUUUAUGAGUCAAUCAAUAAUUCCCACAAUUACCUUAGUAUUUAAAAAUUAAAUAUAGAUAAUUAAGAAUUUGUAUUGAUUAUUAAGCAUAAAUUUAAUAAAUUAGAAUCAUAAAAACAAUAAUCUAAUUAACAAUAAAUAGACUAAGUUUAGACAAUGAUUAAAACACUUCACAAAGUUUCUCAUGAUAUGAGAAAUCCUUUAAAUGCAAUAAUUAAUAUGCAGAUGUGUUUAUAAGAAUUUAUAGAUCCAAAUUUAAUUUAAAAAUUUUUAAAACCAUCUUUAAAUUCAUGUCAUCUGCUCUUAAAUUUAAUAAAUGAUAUUUUGGAUGCAGCAUAGAUUGAAAAUAAAUCUAUAAGAAUUGUAUGUCGUAAAUUUAAUUUAGCAAAGUUGAUUGAUAAAACAAUUUCACUUUUUGAUUUAUUAAAAGAAAAAAAAGGGUUAAAUAUAACAUUUAAUUAUGAUCCAAAAUUACCGUUUAAAAUAAAUUCUGAUAAACUUCGUAUCAGAUAGAUUAUUAUGAAUUUAUUGAGUAAUGCUGUGAAAUAUACUUAACCAAAAGGAUCUAUAUUAAUUGAAUGUAUUUAAAAUGAAGACAAAGCAAUAAUUAUUUCUAUUUAAGAUUCUGGAAUGGGAAUCAAACCAGAAAAUCUUGAAAAACUUUUUUAAGAAUUUUCUAGAGUAAAUGAUUUAGAAAAUUAAAAAGCUAAUCCUUUUGGAAUAGGAUUGGGUUUAAUGAUUAGUAAUGAAUUAGCAAAAUUACUAUCAAGAAAUCCUUAAAUAGGAAUUUAGGUUUAAUCUGAAUAUGGAAGUGGUUCAAAAUUUUAUUUUGAAAUAGAAAAUGAAGAGCCAGCUUAAGAGGAUAUUUCAGAUUCAUAAAUAUCAUAAAAAUUAGCAUAAAAAAUACCUUCAAUAGAAUUAAGAUUUUUAUAAAAUAUAAUUUCAUAAAAAUCACCAACUGUUUCUAUUGCUAUUCCAAUGGGAGAAAGUAGUAAGAGAGUAGUUUAAAAAAAAAAUCUUAAAGGUUUUAAUAAUAUGACAAGCUCUCUAAAUUAUUAAGCAACUUUGAGAAAAAGAAAUGAAUCAGAAAAAAAUUUUUCUAAUAAACCUUCAAUGCGAAAUCAUUUAAUUUAGAAUCUUUUAUAAAAAUGGAAUGAUAUAACAUAGUAUCAUCCCCCAAUACUUAUUGUUGAUGAUAAUGAAUUUAAUAUUUUAGCACUAUAAUAUUUAUUAGAAAAAAGUGGAAUCAGUUCAGAUUCUGCAAUGAAUGGAAUGAUUUCAAUAGAAAAAGUAAAUGAUAGAUUGAAAGAUAAUAUUCCAUUUUAACUAAUAUUUAUGGAUUUAGAAAUGCCACUUAUGCUUGGUCAAGAAGCUUCAACUAGGAUUCGUAAAUUAGAUAAGAAUGUUACAAUUAUAGCAUGUUCUGGUCUUAAAUUAACAUAAGAAAUUUUUGAUUAAUUUAAAGAUUGUGGAAUUGCAUUUGGAAUUGAGAAGCCAAUUACAAAGAUAAAUUUAAAAGACUUACUACUAAAAUUAUCAGAUGGAAUAAGAUAUGAGAGUUCAUAAUUUUCGUAGUUAUUUUGA